AUAAGGCACGGUUCAUCAGCAUGUAUAACUAGGCAGGCACUGCGCUGAGCUGGGCAGUAACUCUCACAGCAGCUCGUGCGAUGAUGGGUUUGUGGAGAAGCAGCUUGCUCCUGGCUUCUCUCUGUCUGAUCGGCAGCAGGGGUCAGUACGCUCCGGACCUGGUCACCUCCCUCCCUGGGCUCUCCCAGACCCCCAGCUUCAAGCAGUGGUCUGGCUACCUGCAAGCAGGCCCUGGGAAGUACUUUCACUACUGGUUUGUGGAGUCCCAGAAUGACCCCGCUAGCGACCCCGUGGUGCUCUGGCUCAACGGGGGGCCCGGCUGCAGCUCCAUGGAGGGAAUGCUAUCUGAGAACGGACCUUUCCAUUUGAACGCAGACGGCACCGUCUACAUGAACGAAUACAGCUGGAACAAGGUAGCCAACAUGCUUUACUUGGAGUCUCCAGCUGGAGUGGGCUUCUCCUACUCUUCAAGCCAGAACUACGCAACCAGCGACCCACAGGUGGCUGAAGACAAUUACCAGGCCCUCCUGAAUUUCUUCCAAAAAUUCCCCUCCUUUGCCAGCAACGAUUUCUAUGUCUUUGCUGAGAGCUAUGGGGGGAUCUACGCACCCACACUCAGCCAGAAAAUUGCCAGCGGGUCAAACCAGAUCAACUUCAAGGGAAUGGGUGUUGGCAAUGGAAUGAGCAGCUAUGAGCUGAAUGACCAGUCCCUCAUCUACUUCGGAUACUACCACGGUCUGUUCGGGGACAACUUGUGGGCCGAGCUGAACCAGUACUGCUGCUCUGGAGGAUCCUGCAACUUCUACAGCAAUGGCGACAGCAACUGCAUGAACACUGUGUCCCAGGCCCUAUACCUGAUCCAGGACAUCGGUCUCAACAUCUACUCCCUGUACUCGCAGUGCUGGGGGGGCGUGGGCUACUCCGCCCGCUAUGCAGCUGACCUCUCCAACCUCUUCCGCCACUACAACUUUGAUAUGAAAGCCCCUGUCGAAGCCUCCAUCCCCGGAGUCCCUCCCUGUAUCGACGGCACAAAUUCUUAUGAUUGGCUGAACCGCGUGGACGUGAGGGCAGCUCUGCACAUCCCCAGCGGAGUACAGAACUGGGAGCUCUGCAGCUCUGCUGUGACAGCCCUCUAUCAGAGGAGUUACCACGACAUGACCUCCUUCUACCAGUACCUGCUCCAGCAGAACCUGCGCAUCCUGGUGUAUAAUGGAGACACCGACAUGGCCUGCAACUUCAUCGGGGGCAAGUGGUUUGUGGAGUCCCUCCAGCAACAGCAACUGAAGCAGUACCAGCCCUGGUAUUUCAAUAACCAGGUCGCAGGAUACUAUGAACAGUAUGAGAAAAUCACCUUUAUGACUGUCAAGGGUUCCGGCCACAUGGUCCCUCAGUACAAACCCGGCCCUGCUCUGCAUUUGUUUGAGACCUUCCUCAAGAAUUCCAACAACUGAACGUAACAUCCAUGAGUUCUGUAUCUAUCAGCAGUUUAAAAUUGAAUUGGUCCAGAACUGACACAUAAUAAUAGUUUAUAACAGUGAUUAGUUUCCUUUUAAUCUUUAUGUAUCUGCAAUUAAAAAAUAUAUAUAUUUAAAUUCAA